AUGUCCACUCGCUACUCGAUAUACUCGAACUCCUCGGCCCCUCCUCCAGCUCCAGCUCCUGGACUGCGCUCCGCGGCGCAGCAAGGAGCGCAGGUGUCCACGACCACCUUGCUGAAUACACUUCACACUUUCUACGCUACCGGGCGACCGUACCAGCUAGAUUCGGGGUCCAGUGUGGUGGUAAAUACAUGGUUAACCGCUUCUCAGACCGGUCCUGAUGGCUCGACGGGAGGUGUGGUCGACCCAGAGCUGGCAACAAAGGCAUGGGAACAUGCCAGACGACGAGCAGAAGAUGGCUGUGUCGUUCUAUGCUCCAUGCAUCAUUCGACACCUUCCUUGUUGGUGCCAUUUCUCUCUUCCCUCCCGCUAUCGACUCCCCCGAUCGCAUUUACGGCUCUGUCUGCCCUUCGUCCGUUCCUGUAUACGGUAACUCCAUUUAACCCGUCCUACGGCCGUCACUCGUCUCUCGCAGUGUCCUACACAUUUACCCUUCGAGGAGCGGUGACUGGUCUAUCUCUCGCCCUAGCAACCUCUGGUAUCGACACGACAGAAGGCCUCCUGAACAUACCUGCGCAGUCUGGAUUCCGUGCCUUCGAUGUCUUCUACUACCUCGUCACAUCGGCGUCCACCCCAGCAGAGAGAGAGUUCCUCAGCUUGAAGGAUCCCUCCGCAUACGCUCUGCUCAACAGGUCCAACACUUAUGAUGCUCCAUCCUAUGUGCCCACAGCGGAUGAUGCAGCGUCUGCAGAGGACCUCAGAGCGUCCCUGAAAGCUAUCGGUAUCAAGGGUGCCUCUCUGAGAGGUUUGCUCUCUGUCCUGGCCGGUCUGCUGAAGUUGGGCAACGCGGUCGGUUUCAUGGUUGACCAGGAAGAACUCGAAGAGACCUGUGAGGAUGUCGGGGCCCUUCUGGAUAUCGAACCUGAGGUUCUCAUGGAGAAGUGCUCCACAGACGAGAGGGAAGUCUUGAUUGCUGGAAUCUACGAAGCAUUAGUCGAUUGGAUCAUCAGCAAGGCAAAUGAAGCCAUUGCGAGCGAACUGCAGAAUGCGCAGGAAAAUGGGUCCAGUCAAGGUGGGCAAGGGGCCAGGAGCCCAUUCUCAGACGAUGAUAGUGCCGAUACUGUCGGCAUCACCAUCGUCGACAUCCCAGAUCCUGCUCUAGGCAAAGCGGUCGCUAUGAGGGGCAUCUUCGAUGAUAGCCUAGGGAUCAAUGCAGAGAUGAAAGAAGACGGUCUUGACAUCAUACCUGCCGGCCAGUCUGUCCUCAAUGAAAUGAGAAAUGCAGUGGCUGCAGUUGGACCUGAUCUGGGUAUCACGAACAAUCUUACCAGCCGUGACAGAGAGCGUGCGAAUGAUAAAAGGCAGAAUGUACUGGAAAAGGUGGCUGCCGAAAUCGAGACAGGUGCUUUCCUGCAACAGGUCUUGUUCCCUGUGGAGAAUGAAGGGAUUACUCUGGGCAAACGAGGUCGUUUCGACCUUGCUACUACCCUGGGUAGCAGCAGAGUUUGGUACCAUCUUGCUCUUCAUCCGACAGAUGACGCCCCCGCGAGCUUGACUUCUCUGCCAUCGAUAACAUCUGCGUGGUCCGCGGGUACUGUAUCCCGGCAACUCCGUGAAUGGAGGCUCCCAGAAUGGGCCAAUCGCCGGCACAAGAACCUCGACUUCACCGCAGACUUUGAUAUUGACGAGUUCUAUAAUCGUUACAUGCCUCUGGGAUGCAUGGAAGGUAGGGAUGGAGUCGAGAAUUGGAUCGUGGAGAGGGGAUGGAGCAACGGUGAGGUGGUACUGGGUCAUGAAAGGAUAUGGAUGCGAGAGACCCCGUGGUGGGAAGCCGAGACGAUGCUCGAUCUCAAGGCCGACGAACCCGAGGGUAACCCCUUCAUGAUGGCAGAUCCCUUCGCGAGCGGCUACUCCUCUAAUGCUCCCAAUCCCAAUGCCUCCGGAUUCUUUCCUCCGGUGGAACCGAUAGGCAUGCAAGGUAGCCGAGAUAACCUUCUACAGCCACAGAGUAUCGCCGGGGGAUCACGAUCGAUAGCUCCCACCGUGCCUCAUUCAAUCCAUACCCAAGGGGGUGACUACGGUCUGGGCACCAAGGGAGACCAAAAGAAGUACGAUGAUGUGCUUUACGAUGGCGACGUCGGUCGCUAUACGGGCGAACUUGAUCCAGAAUUCGGCGAUCCGAAACAUAUCGAGAAGAAACAAAUUACCCCAGUACGACGGAUCUGGAGUGGCUUUGUCUGGGCCAUGACCUUCUGGAUUCCAUCCUUCGUUCUUCGCUACGUGGGCCGCAUGAAACGUCCGGAUGUUCGUAUGGCGUGGCGAGAAAAGGUCGUUCUCGUAUUCCUCAUCUUGCUGUUCAACUUCAUUGUCUUGUUCUACAUCAUUGCGUUUGGCAACCUCAUUUGUCCCAAUAAAGACAAGGUCUGGAACAGCAAAGAAGUAGGCUAUCACACGGGUGACAACGACUUUUGGGUUAGCAUCCAUGGAAAAGUGUAUGAUAUCAGCAAAUUCUGGAGGCUUCAGCACAGUGAUACUGCUAUCGAGACAACUUCGACGAACAUGCAGCCGUUCGCUGGCGAGAACCUGGACGCCUACUUUCCUCCUCCGCUUACCAGGGCCUGUCAGCCUUUCGUCACGAGUCAAUCCAUCACAAUGCAGAACAACAACACGAACGCGGUUCUGUAUUCUCAAGCUCUCCAUGACUGUGGUCCUCUCAAUCAGCCCAACCCGGACACUGCCUUACACAAAAUCACCUGGUAUGAAGAUGUGUUUCUUCCAAAGAUCAAGGAAUACUACAAGGGAGAGCUGGUCUGGACCAAGAACACUGUUCAGUCUCAAGCCAAUACGGAUGAGCGAUACUGGGUCAUACUCAAUAAGAAGAUAUACGACCUGACCAAUUACUUCUAUACGCUGAAAAUGAUGGACAACCUGGACACCUACGACUUCCUUCCUUCGGGGGUCACCGACCUCUUCAAAAAUAAUCCGGGCCAGGAUAUCUCCGACAAGUGGCAGGAUUCGGUUCAAUUCGAGAAUGCUCUCAACUGUCUUAACAAUGUGUUUUACGUUGGCGAGGUCGAUUUUAGAGACUCACCAAGGUGUCAGGUCAAUAACUAUAUCCUGUUGGCCUUCACUAUUCUCAUCUGCUCCGUCAUUUUGAUCAAAUUCCUUGCUGCACUGCAGCUGGGCUCGAAGCGCCGGCCCGCUCCCCAAGACAAGUUCGUUAUUUGCCAAGUCCCGGCAUACACGGAAGGAGAAGACGCACUCCGUAAAGGUCUCGAUUCUUUGACGGCGCUUCAGUACGACAACAAGCGGAAGUUGAUCUGUGUCAUUUGUGACGGAAUGAUUGUUGGUGCCGGUAACGACCGUCCAACUCCUAAGAUUGUUCUCGACAUUCUCGGGGUGGACCCGAAAAUUGAUCCUCCCGCUUUACCAUUCAAAUCCGUUGGCCAGGGCAGCGAUCAGCUAAACUAUGGAAAGGUCUACUCCGGUCUCUAUGAAUUCGAAGGUAAUGUUGUGCCGUACAUUGUGAUCGUCAAGGUUGGAAAGGAGUCGGAACAGACCAAGUCGAAGCCUGGAAACCGAGGCAAACGUGACUCUCAGAUUCUACUACUCAACUUCCUUAACCGGGUCCAUCAUCGCGCCCCCAUGUCACCUCUCGAGCUGGAAAUCUUCCAUCAGAUCAACAACAUCAUUGGUGUCGACCCUGAACUCUAUGAAUUCCUUCUCAUGGUGGAUGCGGAUACUAGUGUCAAAGAAGAUGCUCUCAACCGGCUUGUUGCAGCGUGCGCCAAUAAUACCAAGAUUGCAGGUAUCUGCGGUGAGACCAGUUUGCAAAACGAAGAGCGGAGUUGGUGGACCAUGAUUCAGGUGUACGAAUACUAUAUUUCGCACCACCUGACCAAAGCAUUCGAGUCCCUUUUCGGCAGUGUCACUUGUCUUCCCGGAUGUUUCUGCAUGUACCGUCUUCGAACUGCGGAUAAAGGCCGUCCGCUGAUCAUUUCGGAUCAGAUUGUUAAGGAGUAUUCCGAUAACGACGUCGACACCCUUCACAAGAAGAAUCUUCUGUCCUUGGGUGAAGAUCGUUAUUUGACUACACUCAUGACCAAGCAUUUCCCUUCCAUGUCGUACAAGUUCAUUCCGGAUGCCUUCGCCAGUACUGCAGCACCUGAAACAUGGAGUGUCUUGCUUUCCCAGAGACGUCGGUGGAUCAACUCGACAGUCCACAACCUGGUCGAGUUGGCUGUGCUGAAGGAUCUGUGUGGUUUCUGCUGCUUUAGUAUGCGUUUUGUCGUGCUCGUCGAUCUCCUGGGAACUAUUAUCCUCCCGGCAACCUGCGCCUACCUGAUCUAUAUGAUUGUUCUGGCCGCUACCCACCAGGGCCAGUUCCCUUUGAUUACGAUCAUCCUUCUUGCCUGUGUCUACGGUUUGCAAGCUGUUAUCUUCAUUAUCAAACGACAGUGGCAGCACGUCGGUUGGAUGAUUAUCUAUCUUUGCGCGUACCCGGUUUACAGUGUUAUCCUGCCUCUCUACUCAUUCUGGAAACAGGACGACUUCAGUUGGGGUAACACCCGUGUCGUCAUCGGUGAGAAGGGAGACAAGCGUGUGGUCGCUGUCGAGGAUGAGGUGUUCGAUCCCAGAAGCAUUCCUUUGCAACGAUGGGACGACUAUGCUCUUGCCAAUGGCCUCCCAGGCCGUCGCGGAAACCCGGACAUGAGCCAGGAGAAGUUCAUCAACGGCGGAUACACUGAUGAUGUGGCUAUGGAGCUGGACGAUAUGCAGUCCACGUACUCCUCGGUCAAACCAGCGUCCACCAUCCUGACCGGUUUUGGCGGUCAUGGUCGGCAGGCGGGUCCUUAUAUGCCGCCGCAUUCCCCUGCGCCAUUCGCCGGUAACGUUGCGGGUAACCGCAGCUCACACCUCUCCAGCUUUACGAGGUAUACCGACCACCCGCAAAUGGGAGGUAACCACUCGCGGCAAAUGUCCAUGGGCAACCUGAGCCAUUACCAGGAUAAUCCCAUGAAUACCAGCCGAUAUAGCAUGGGAAUGAUGCAGAGCUCCGAGAAUCUGCUAAGACAGGGUUCACGGAGCCCUCUUACUGCCGGUUUCAAUUCCAGGCCUGUCAGCACGGUUCCUGAUUUCCGAGGUGGACCAGGUGCUGGACCCGACGACGCUACCAUCACCGAGGCCAUCCAGAACUGCUUGGCCGAGGUUGAUUUGGACAGUGUGACCAAGAAGCAAGUGCGCGCACUUGUCGAACAACGACUCCAGACCGAGUUGACUGGCGAGCGAAAGGCAUUCCUAGAUCGCCAGAUUGAUCAUGAACUUGCCAAUAUGUGA